GGUCGUGGUGGAGGUCGUGGUGGUUUCUCUGGUGGAGGAGCUCCUCAAGGUCCUCCUGCUGAAGUUAUCCCCAUGGGUGCUUUUGUUCAUGCUUGUGAAGGUGAAAUGGUCUGCAAGUCUAUCAACCCCAAGAUCCCUUAUUUCAACGCACCCAUCUUCCUCGAAAACAAGAGUCAAAUCGGUAAAGUGGAUGAAAUUUUAGGUCCUUUGAACGAAGUGUAUUUCACUGUCAAGAUGCAAGAAGGCAUGAUUGCCAAAUCUUUCAAGGUGGAUGAUAAAGUCUAUAUUGGUACUGAUAAACUCUUGCCUCUUGAACGUUUCUUGCCUAAGCCUAAGGUUGCUGGAAAGGGUAAAGUGAUAUUCUAUAUAUAUACUAUUGAUGGACUGACAUCGAUAUUAGUUGGUAAACCUACUGGUCAACAAGGUCGUGGUGGUGGAAGAGGUGGUGCUACCCGUGGUGGUGGAAGAGGCGGUGCUACCCGUGGUGGCGGAAGAGGUGGCUUUGGUGGUAAGUAG